CGCAUCUUAUUGAUAUGGUAAAAGCAUCCAACACCACAAAUUGUUAAGGGCGAGAGAAGUUCACUCCUCAGUCCUCUCCAUGCAAAACUCUUUAAAACCCCUCCGCCACCGGCAAGUUUCGCCGUCGGCCAUCAAUCUCAGAUCAUCAGUAAAGGCGCCACCGCCUUACACGAUCUCCUUCUCUUCCAUAUAUCAAAAAAAAUAAUUAAUAAGAAGGCAAAAAUAUAAUAAUGAGUCCUUUGCAGCUCUCCGCCGCCGCAGUUAUCCUCCUAACAUGCAUCCUCUCCACCGCCUCCGCCUUCAACAUCACGCGGAUCCUAAACCGCUACCCCGAGUACGGCGUGUUCAACGAUCUCCUGACUCGGACCGGUUUAGCGACUCAUAUCAACGCGCACUCCACUAUAACCGUUUUGGCCGUGAAAAACGGCGGGAUCGGCGAUCUCUCCAGCCGCCCGAUCGACCUCGUCGACGAGAUUCUCCGGACGCACGUGAUUUUGGAUUAUUUUGAUAUCAUGAAGCUCCACCGCCUGAAGAAUCACCAGGCGAAGCUCACCACCAUGUACCAGCAGACCGGAAUCGCGGACCGGAACCAGGGGUUUUUGAACGUCACCUCCGGAAAAGACGGCAUCGUUUUCGGAUCGGCCGUUAGGCGUUCCCCUCACGACGCGCAUCUGGAGGAGGAAGUUAUGAGCCGGCCGUACAACAUCUCCGUGCUUGGCGUCUCCACCAUCAUCGUGACUCCCGGGCUCGACGACGACGACGGCCGGACGGCGCUUGCGCCGGUGGAAGCGCCGCCUCCUGACUCCGAAUCACCGGCACCGGCUCCCGCACGAAGACGCCGCCGCCGCCGGAAGCGCGCCCCUGCCCCAGCCGAGGCGGAGACUCCAGCUUCCGACGCCGACGACUCAGACUAUUCCCCGACAGAAUCUCCGGCUAACGGACCCGGCGCGGACGGACCGGAAGCCGAUUCGAUAUCCUCGGCCGGAAAGUCCGCCGCCGUUUCCCUCGGUGGUUUCUUCGUGCUGUUGUGCUCUCUGCUUGCAGCUCACUAACUUUUCUUGAAGACUGCUGAGGAUAUUAGCCAUGGCCAUGAUCGGAAGGAUACA